AUGGCGCAGCCACCGCCUGCGCCGCGGCGCACACACAUCACGAUCCCCGCCGGCGCACUCUCGCCCACACUCAAGUUCUAUCCCCCGACCGCAUGGCGCCUCGACGGCGCAUGGCACCUCGUCAACGCGAGCGGCGCGGGGAUCUCCCACUCGUUCGCGGGCGACCGCUGGGCCUUGCGCGGCAGCACGCUGCUUACGGCGAGCAGCGGCGUGCUGCGCCUCGACGGCGUGGUCGCGACGGCUCCGCCGGGCGAGGGCGAGAUCGUAGCCGCCGAAGCCGCGAUGGGGUGGCACACGGCCGAAUACAAUCUGUCAGGAUACCAGGGCGCGAUGAGUGUGUAUGGCGCGAGCGCGCGCGUCGCCGUCGACACUGAACAUACCGAAGCGGAGUUCGCCGGGCUGGAGCAGCGCGUGCCGCUCGCUGAGCAUGGCGAGAAUCUUGUGUAUGACGGCUGGAGCGCGGAUGCAGCGGCUGCUGGUGCCGAGGGGCGUCUAUCUCUCGACAUUCCAGCGAACGUGAGCCUCUUCGCGCUCUCCGGCGCGUCCGGACCCGCCGGGGGCGUAGAGCUCGAAUUCUCACCCCCGGUCUUCGGCCGCGCAGAGUUCACGGCCGAUGCGCUCGACCUUGUCAACGACACGGCGCUCUUUACUGCACCCCUCGACCCUACGCUUCAGUACUCCGUAACCAUUACGGGGCGCGGCGCCCGCCUCGCCGCCCUCCACUAUUGGCCCGCCUUAUCGUUCUCUUGGGCUCACGACGCCUGGGUUCCCCCCGCCCCGCUCCUCUCGCCCCCUCCACCCGCGGAGCCAGCCUCCUUCGCAGACCACCGCAAGUCCAACACCGGCGCGAUCGUUGGCGGUGUUAUUGGCGGCAUCGUAAUCCUCGCGGUUCUCAUCACCGUCGCGCUGUGCGAGUGCCGCCGCGUCCGCUUCCUCUCUGCGCGCUACCGCCCGCGCCGCGGCGUCUCCAAGCGCGGCAUCUCCUCCUCCGACCGCCUGGAGGAACGCUACUUCUCCGUCGGGAGUGCGGCGUCGCACGACUGGCACGGCGACGACCGCCCACAUACCCCGUAUCUGGAGUACAACGCAUACCCCCGCUCAUUGGCACGCACGCCAACACUGUCUCGCUCGCCGACGCUCUCCCGCUCCUCGCACUCGCCCGCCUUGGACCGCUCCCCCUCGCUCGCUCGCUCGCAGAUCUACUCGAAAUCCCGCACACUAUCACCUUCGCCACAAGCCUGUGCCCCAGCAGAGAUGUACGCGCGCCCGACGCUGGCCGAGAGCGCGAGCGUCGUCGAGCUCCCCCUCGACCUGCCAGACCUGCCGGACCUGCCGGACCUACCGCGCCCGCCGCCGGUCGAGGUCGCCCCGCGGCCGUCGUACGAGGUGCGUGUGCGCGAGUUCAUGGGCGUGCCGGGGCGCACGGGGCGAGAGCGGGUGCGGUCGCCCGUCGCUCCGCCACGAGAGCGGUUGCGGCAGCCGUCGCCUGUGGAGAUGUGGGAGCCGGAUACGAUGAGCGUGUAUUCUGCACGGACGGUGGGGACUGUGGGCAAGGCGUUGUAG